AUGGACAAAGCCGACCUCGAAACCUACCAAGUCCAGCUCUCCCAAGUCGAACUCGCGCUCUCCGCCGACCCCGAAAACACAGAACUCGUCUCCCUCCGCUCCGAACUCAUCGAACUCAUCGACCUCACCCAAACCUCGCUCGCACAGAACGCUGCCGCAUCUUCGGCCGCUUCGUCAUCCCAUCAUAAAGCUUCUGAAGGUUCGGGUUCUGGUUCGGGGUCGGGGUCACGCAAGUCUGGAGGUGGUGGUGGUGGUGGGACGGGAGGAGGAGAGAAGCAGGUGUGGUCGGCGGGGGACGAGUGUCUUGCGAAGUAUAGCGGGGAUGGGGCUUGGUAUCCCGCGCGUAUCAAUUCCGUAGGUGGAUCGGCGGAGAAGAGGAUGUACAGUAUCCUUUUCAAAGGGUACAACUCGACUGAAAUGCUCGAAUCGAACGCGCUCAAGCCCUUGCCCGCGAACUACGCCUCGACUGGCCCGUCAUCAUCGAAGUGGGGCGGGGGAGGAGGGAGCAAGCGGAAGAUAGACGCGGUGGAGGAGGCGGAGAGGGAUAAGAAACGGAAGAAGAACGAGAAGAAGUUGGAGGUGAGGGCGGCGAAGGCGAAGGAGCAGACGCAGAAACAGGCGUCGUGGCAGAAGUUUGCGAAGAAGUCGGAGAAGAAGGGGGUGCAUAUCGCUGGGGUGGCGGGGACGAGUAUAUUCAAGACGCCGGAUAAUCCGCUUGGGAAGGUUGGCGUUACGGGCAGUGGGAAGGGUAUGACGGAGUAUCAUUCGAAGAACAAGCACAAGUUCGAAGCGACCCAGGAGCAGCCAUGA